AUGGUUGUGCACAUUAAGAAUCCACACGAAAGCCGGAAGAUUGGUGAUAUCGUUAAUGAAAUGGUCGGACAACGGUCAUUCAUUGGCUGGCCCUUCUUACAGGAAGGCUUAGUUGUGGCGGUUUCGGAUGCUCUCUUCAAAUAUGAGAAGAUAUCCGUGGUCCCCGGGACUGCACCCAAGGUAGUGUCAAACCCGCACUCCCCUCAAGGCCUAAACUUUUGGAAGAUGAAGGCGGAGCGAAUAGAGCAGAUAUACUCGAAGAAAUGUGGGGUGAUCACGGGAAAUGUAGAAGUUCUUCUCCAUGUUCGGCCAUUGAAAGGAUUGAAGCGCCUUGGAGAUGGUGCCUUCGUGAAGGAUUACGAAGGCAGCGAGAAAGAAACGGAGCAGGCCAUCCAGAUGACCCUGGGACAUGUAACAUCUGAAGAUCCCCGGUAUAUUGAACGUCCUGCGCCGCCACUGUCAGAAGAGUUCCCCGAUGGGAGCAAGAUCUUCUUCUUGGGUGAGCAUGCUUAUGGCGUUGUUGCGCAUGUUUCCGCCACGACAGAAACAUCCCUUUCCGUUAAACUUGGAUUCUUCCCGUCCGAAAAGUCCGAGAACGACAAGUUCAAGGCGAUUAUCCAGGACCGGACUUCUGAGCGGUAUUAUCCUUCGUUCAGGGCGGCCGAGAUGGUCGGCAUUUCUGGGCGUGCGUUAUCAAAGAUAUCAUCGAGUUUUAUGGUCAUAACUUCUGACGGCGUGAAAAACAACCUGGGUCUAAGCCUUAAAUUCGAAGGUAAAUCAAUGAAGGUGAUUGACUAUUCACGCAAAGAAGGUCGAAACUGGGAAUUUAGUGAGAAGGCAAUCAAGCUCUUAAUAGAUUACAAAACAAAGUUUCCUGAUAUCUUCCGUUCACUUGAUGAACCCGGAGAUGCCAUGGCCAAAGCGUCGGAAGUACUAUCUGUGCCGGAUUCCGAUGGGCGUGUCCGGGAAAUCAAGAUCUGGCUCAAGACUCAAGGCGUUCGCGAUUUUGAGCCUGUAUCAUUGUUUUGCGAUCAACUGACAAAGAACAUGGUCAAUGAGAUCGAGAAAAUGGCCGCCUCCUUCAAUGCGAACAAGUCUCCUACGGCCAUGAAGAAGGCAUUCGUCAACGGUAUUCCUCGGCAAGCCGUUCUCAAGCCUGCUCAUGCCGUGUAUCGCCUCCAAAAUCAACAUUUUGCACUGGGAGACAGAGUCACCAUGAUACAAGAUUCUGGAGCUGUGCCCUUGGCCGCCAAAGGCGUUGUCAUUGGGCUGAAUUCCAAAUCCAUGAACGUGGUCUGGGAUGUCCCAUUCAUGUCCGGAACUACAUUAGGCGACAAAUGCUCACAGUAUCGGGGAUUGACCGUCGACUUCAAUUCCUGUCUUAACUUGACCAAUCCCCAGUUUGUCACGCCUACCAAUCCUAAGGCACCAUCGGCAAUUACAACGCCCCUCAAACCGCGUUUUGGCCCACGUCCUACUAUUCCACCUGCACAGGGACAGCCAUCUGCCUCUGCUUUUAGACCAGCUCAACCGAGUCAAAAACCAUUUUCGCCUGUUUCCAUCAUGUCGAAUCCUCGAAGAGGUCGUGGUGGAUACGUAAGCAGACGUGGCGCGGUACCGACAGGAGCUCCUCGAUCGCCAGUGCCUGGAGUUGAGCCCUCUAAAGAAUUAUCUGCCCCGUCUACGAAUGGCCCGGCUCUGAAUUCCAGACCAAUACGUGGUUUCAACCCUGGACGAGGACGGGGAGGGUUUGUCCCCGGACUUCGGGGUAGGGGAGCGUUCAUAUCUAAUAUGGAUCGUGGUCGCGGCAAUUCUCCGUAUCGAGGUCGAGGUCGUGAAUCAUUUGCUGCUCCUUUGCCAUCAUAA